UUUGGUACUCCCGCGCACUUGGUCACACUGACCUGCCCAGUUGUUUUUUCACGCCAACAUUUACGCUCUUUGGAAAAGGAAACCUUUUUUUGCAAAUUUAACCAGAUCCCGACCAGAAACACACCUGCCCCAGGAUGUUGGCCCUCAUCAACAGGAUCCUCGAGUGGUUCAAGAGCAUCUUCUGGAAAGAGGAGAUGGAAUUGACGCUCGUGGGGCUGCAAUUCUCAGGGAAGACGACGUUCGUCAAUGUUAUUGCAUCCGGCCAAUUCGCUGAGGACAUGAUACCCACAGUUGGCUUUAACAUGCGAAAGAUCACCCGUGGCAAUGUGACGAUCAAGGUGUGGGAUAUUGGAGGCCAGCCCCGGUUCCGAUCCAUGUGGGAGCGAUAUUGUCGCGGCGUUAAUGCGAUUGUCUAUAUGGUGGAUGCGGCUGAUCUGGACAAAUUGGAGGCCUCGAGGAACGAGCUGCACUCUCUAUUGGACAAACCGCAGCUUGCAGGCAUUCCAGUGCUCGUGUUGGGCAACAAACGUGAUCUUCCAGGCGCCCUCGAUGAACCCGGGCUCAUCGACCGCAUGAAUCUAUCAAGCAUACAGGACCGUGAAAUCUGCUGUUAUAGUAUUUCCUGCAAGGAGAAGGACAACAUUGACAUAACGCUGCAGUGGUUAAUUCAACAUUCGAAAAGCCAAAGUCGUUAGAUAACGAACACCCACACACACACACACACACACAACUCCCUACCCUCUAAACUCACACACACUUAGGCACUAUAUCUCACACAGAACAACUAUAUAUACAUAUAUACACUAAUAAUAAUUCGCAGAGUGAUGAAAAAACAAUGAGCAAAGCCAGCAGUAAGCCAACUAUUUGGGGUACAAGAUUGAAAAACAAACAAAACUGAAAACUAAAACUAAAACUAAAACUUAAACACAGCGAGUAAUGACUAUGCCUUGAAAAAUCUGUUUGUACGUAUGGUAAUUGUCUGCAUGUAUGUGUUGUAUGUGAUUUUGCAGUGCAGGGUUCGGGUGCUCGACUGUCUCGAAUUUGUAGAUUCACAAAGGGGAGAUGCUUAAAAAAGAAUUCUGUGUAUGUUGUAAGUUUUGUUAGUUAAUCUAUGCCAAGAAGACAAACACACAAGAACAAAAACACACACACACACACCACACACGCUCGUGUGUUUUAGUAUUUCAUACUGGCUUUAAUGGACCAUUUAACCCCUACAAAGUGUAUAUGUAUGUCGCCUCUACAAUUUCGUUGGCCGUCUCCACGUUUAGUUAGUCUUAUGUUUAGUGUUUAUUGGUGUGAUUAUAUAAAUAUUAUUUUUUUAUAAUUUUUGUAUACAAUAUAUAAUUUACAUUUCGCUUAUAUAUGCUUCUCUCUAUGCAAAAUAUUUAUUUUUGUCUAAAACUUUUGCUUAGCGAAAACUGGAGAACUAAAAAGCAAAGGAAAAGCAUAAAAUAUGAAGACGUUUUAAACUAUAAAUAUAUAUAUUUAAACAAUAUGAAUGUAAUAAGCAAGCGAAAGCCAUAGUUAAUGAAAUUCCAUGAUUGAUUGUAAAAUAUGCAAAACAAAAAAAAAAAAAAAAAAAAACGAUAAAGAGAAAAAGAAAACAAA